UGUGUCCAUGAAUCAGCAGGCAGAUUAAUGUCACACCCCCUUAACACCAUCACCCACAUCUUGGACGCCCAUCCCCGCCUGCAGACCCCCGGUACACAACUCUGAGGCGACACGGACACAACUCCUGGCUUUCUCUAUGAUUUAGUGGCGAACCCAGACAUAUCAGAGAAGGAGAUAUCUACACAGGGUCUGUUUAGACAUUUAUUCACAGAAAAGAGGGGAAUUUAUUUUUUUAAUAUUAUUAUUUUUUUUAAUUAUUUGAAAAUAAAUAAGGAUGGCCAACUCCGGUAUCCAGCUGCUGGGGUUUUUCCUCUCUCUGAUUGGCAUUGUGGGACUGAUCAUCGGGACUAUCCUGCCUCAGUGGAAGAUGUCAGCGUACAUCGGAGACAACAUUAUCACAGCGGUGGCCAUGUACCAGGGACUGUGGAUGUCAUGCGCGUUCCAGAGCACCGGACAGCUCCAGUGUAAAAUCUACGACUCCAUCCUGCAGCUCGACAGUUCGCUCCAGGCCACUCGCGCCCUCAUGAUAGUUGGCAUCAUCGUGUCCAUCGCGGGCCUGGGCGUGGCCUGCAUGGGGAUGAAGUGCACCACCUGCGGAGGCACCGACAAACUGCGCAAGUCCCGCGUCGCCAUGACGGGAGGCAUCAUCCUGCUGGUGGGAGGGCUCUGUGCCAUCGUGGCCUGCUCCUGGUUCGCUCACAACGUCAUCCGGGCUUUCUACAACCCCUACACUCCCGUCAACACCAAAUUCGAGUUCGGCGCCGCCAUCUUCAUCGCCUGGGGCGGCUCCCUCCUCGACGUCCUGGGCGGGUCCAUGCUGGCCGCCUCCUGCCCGAGAAAAAAGCAGGUGUCCAAGUACCCGUCCAUGGGCAGCUCCCGCUCCGGCCCCCCCAGCAGCGCCAAGGAGUACGUCUGAGCGCCACUCCGGCAGGGAGGAGACCAGCAACAACAACGAUGUCACAGACAGAGAGGAA